AUGUCCCGUUAUCACAAAUGCUGGGAUUCGCGGUCGUGCAUGCACACACCCACACACACCGGAUCGGUUACUCCUCAGACUGAUCGAGUUGGUCUGAUUAUCCAGCUAAUCUUGUUUACCAUCAUCCUGGUUGGAAAUCUGAGCGUGAUCAUUGCCUUGCUUUCACGCAAUGUAAAAAACCAAAUGCGUCUGUUCAUCAUCAAUUUGGCCGCAUCCGGUACAAAAGCCCGGAUAAUGAUUUCUGUGGCUUGGCUGGCAGCCGCACUUUGCGGAAUUCCAUCGCUCAUUCUAGCUGAAAAAGUAUCCGAGACGUGCCGUUUCAAUUUCAAAGGAGUGAACGUUCAGACAUACAUGGUUGCUGUGGCACUCACAGUAUUCAUCCUACCCGCUUGCGUUAUUGCCACCUGCCACGUGCUCAUGGUGGUGACAAUCUGGCGCGCAUCAAAACUUCAGCUGACCACCCCAGGCAGUGGUCAAGGCGAACGCAAGUCCAUUUCUUCCCCAGGCUUGAAUGUCGAUGCCGGGCCGAAACGAUCCAGGCUAGCACUNGUAGCACCAUUCACAACAGUGCAACUAGCGGAGAUACACUACUUCAAAAAUCCUCGGUGUCCGCCCAACAUCCGAAAGAAGUCCAUUGUUUUGCACAUCAAGUACACGAGACGCAAAGCCGCAUCUCCACGGGAUGUUAUCAAACCAUCUUCUUCCGGUCACUUAUUUGUGGCAUACGAUUUGCUUGUGGAUAACGGUGUCCCAUACCCAGAGCAUUGGUUGAGAAAGUGGCACUCGAAAAUGGCAAUCAUGACUGUGGGUAACGAGAAACGUUUAUUGUUAUUUGCCAAUGAACUUGGUCCAUUUGGUGAAACCCCACAGUCUCAGAUUAUUAUCACCAAUUCAGUAUUCCAACGUGUAUCUGCAGUAGGUGGUCAGUGGCAUUAUUAG